CCUCCCAGUCCAACCCGAAUCAGACUUCGAAUGCCUAGGCGUCAUAAUGGAACACUCCCAAGACGUCAAAUGCGUAGCAUGGCACCCCACCGAAGAGGUUCUCGCUUCUGGAUCAUACGACGACACCAUCAAGCUCUACGUGGACGACCCAGAAGAUGACUGGUUCUGCUGUGCAACGCUUACCGGGCACAAAUCGACAGUCUGGGCAUUGGCGUGGUCUCCGAGUGGCCAGUACCUCGCCUCGGGGUCGGAUGAUAAGACGGUGAGGGUGUGGAAGCGGACGGGGCAGUUUGAGUUCAAGCAGGUGUUGGUCUUGGAGGGACACGAAAGGUCAGUGUAUUCUGUAUCGUGGGGAAAAGGAAUGGAAGCGGGAGCGGGAGCGGGAGCGGGAUGGCUUGCUAGUGCUGGUGGCGACGGGGUCAUACGCAUUUGGGAGAUUGAUGAAAAGUCGGGUGAUGGGCUCCUGGAACAUAGGAUGAUUGCAAAGCUGGAAUGUGCACACGAUGUGUACGAUCUGAAUGCCAUCGUCUGGUGUCCCAGGGCUGGUUUCGAGGAUAUGCUAGCUACUGCGGGUGAUGAUGGUGUUUGUAAGGUUACUCUCACAUUGAUGUCAUGCCCUAAUCUGCAAGCUGUUGCCGUUCUGUGUAAUAUCUGAGACCUCUUGACCGACUAUGAUGAAGUUUUGUCAGGUAUUUAUCGUCUUGUCCGACACACAAGGUCGC